AUGAUAGAUGUCGACCAUGCCUGCGAGAAGGCGGCCAAAGCUAUAAACACUUCAGCCAGAAUCAUGCCGAACAACGCCGUGCCAUGCAGUAGCAAGAGGCAUCUUCUGGCUACCGUAUCAUCGUCGAUACUGAAGUAUGGAGACCCGGUUUGGGUUGCGGCGCUGGAAACACAGCGGAAUCGAGUAAAGCUGACUAGUACGUUCAGGCUCAUAGCCAUGCAGGUCGCAAGCGCAUGCAGGACUAUCUCUUCAGAAGAAAUGGCGAAUUGGCAGCAUGAUUGGGACUCGUCGGAGAAAGGAAGGUGGAUUCACAGACUCAUACUGGUUCUCUCGACUUGGGUAAAUAGGCAUGGCGAAGUAACCUUCUAUCUGACGCAGUUCCUGUCUGGUCAUGGUUGUUUUAAACAGUACCUACAUCAGUUUGGACACGCUGUGUCACCCUUUUGUUCGGAGCGCAUAGACGUCGAGGAAAGACCGGAGCAUGCGGUCCUCGCCUGUCCUAGAUUUUACGCAGCGCUUAACGUGGAGAAUAUUGCGGCAGAGAUGUGUCCUGACGAGGGCACAUAG